AUGGCGGACGUGUGGAUUUCUCGAAAGCGAUGGACGUGCAAGUAUUGCGAUGUCACGAUCAAUGACGACCUGCCAUCGAGGCGGCAUCACGAAACAGGAGUGAGGCACAAGCAAAACGUACGAAAUGCGCUGGCAGAUCUGUACCGCAAAGGCGAGCAGGAACGCAAGGAUGCCGAGCACAUGCAAAAGGAGAUGGCGCGCAUCGAAGCACUUGCUGCUGCUAGUCACGCCAAGGAUCUGGCUUCCGCGGAUGCUUCCGUUGCUUCCUCUUCGCAGCAGCCCGCACCGCCAGCUGCAUCGUCGUCGUCAAAGCCAUCGAUACCCACCCGCGCCAAACCACAGGCAGGUCUCGGCAGAGUCGCUCCUCAAAGCGUACGGUCGUUAGCUGAAAAGUCACCACAGCCCAUCGCGCAACCAGGUGAAUGGGAGCAAGUGCAACCUGCCUCCUCUGCAUCUACGUCGUACUCCAACGAGCCGUCGGAUCGGGACAGGGCGAAAUCCUUCCGCUUGAGGGAGAAGGUGGCUCGUGUGGACGACAGUGACGACGAAAGCGAGCUCAGCUCCAUCAAGGUCAAGAAACGGGCCCGCAAGGAUUUGGAUGUGGACGGGGGACCAUCGCUGCUGCCAACAAGAGUCCAAAAGGACGAGCAAGCCCAUCUUACGGAUUUGGUCAAGGUCGAAUCGGACGUAGUAGCACCAUCAGAUCUGAGCACUGAUACAGCAGAGUCAUCGGUUCCAGCCGUCAAGAAGGAAGAAAGCGGCGAGGCUAUCGCCACGAGUGGCAACAGUGCAGAGCCGAACCUGUUCAAAAAGCGAAGAGCUGGCGCAGGUGCUGGUGCCAAACGUGUUAGAGCCGUCAUCUAG